AUGGCCAUACUCGCCCUGGCCACGGCCGCAAAACAGUUCGUUGAACGACAUCUGUCGACCGGAAAUCGCUCGCCCUCUCAGGUCGCUGCUAUAGCCGCUCUUGGCAUCCUUAUUGCUGCCAUUAUAAGAUACCCGGACACCGCACUCUUCGUUCGCGAUAGGCCCGAUUUCAAGAAGAAGACCAUCAAGGGCCAUCCACUGGUCGGAAACAUGCUCCAGGGGUUGAUGGCCAAAGAUCCGCUCCUCCAACUCAAAACUGGUUUCGAUACCUACGGCGACAUCUUUUCCAUCACGGUGCCCUAUCGAGGUCGUAUCAUCAUGAUCAAUUCCCCAGAGCUGAUUGAGCACAUCUUGAAGACCAACUUUGACAACUACAUCAAGGGUAAUGUCUUCUCGGAUCAGCUCAGAGACAUCUUUGGCACCGGCAUUUUUGUCUCCGAUGGAGAGCGUUGGCGAUGGCACCGCAGGAUCUCCUCCAACAUUUUCACCGCCAAGAUGUAUCGCCAAGUGACCGGAGGAGCCUUCAUCGAGAGCGCUAGGGCCCUUUGUUCUGUCUUUGACAGGAACGAAGCCCUCGGAAAACCCAUGGACUUGCAAGCACUAUUCCUAAAGAUGACCAUGGAUGCGUUUGGCAAGCUGAUUAUUGGCGCCGAUUUCAACACGCUCACUACAGAGGGACCGCACGAGUUCGGGGAUGCAUUCGAUUACUUGGUAGCAAACGUUGACAACCGGAUCGCAAAUCCGUUCUGGCAAUGGACAGACUAUUUCACCCCAGGGAAGAGGGCUAACCUGAAGCAUGCCAUCGGUGUCCUGGAUGGGUUCGCGAAUGAAGCUGUCAGGAAUCGUAGAAAGGAAACUGAGGAGGAAAGGGCAAAGAGACCAAAGGAUUUGAUUGACCAUUAUAUCGGCCGCACGCACGAAGAUGGUACCGCACUGACCGAUACUGAGAUCCGGGAUGUCAUUGUCAGCUUCAUGGUGGCUGGUCGAGAUACGACCGGCUACACCUUGACCUGGCAGUUCUACGCUCUCAUGGCCUACCCACGCAUUAUGAAGAACGUUCUGGAGGAACUUAAAAUCGUCCUUCGAGGAUCAGAGGACUAUACCUACGAGACCAUCCUGCACGAGUUACCCUAUCUCAAAGCGGUCUUCCACGAGACAUUGCGGCUGUACCCAUCAGUCCCAAGAAAUAUCAAAGAGGCGGUCAACGACGACGUCUUACCGGAUGGAACUCGUGUUUACAAGGGUGACCCUAUUGCAUUCUCGACCUGGUGCAUGGGCAGGAACCGAUCUGUAUGGGGUGAGGACGCAGAGGUGUUUGUUCCUGAGCGCUGGCUUGUAGACAACAAGAGUGUCUCAGAGCCAGCCGGGCCGGCUGCUUCAAAUGGCACACAUGGAGUGAGUCCCUUUGGAAAGUUCAAGAUGGAGAGCCAGUUCAAGUUUAACUCCUUCAACGCCAGUCCUCGAUUGUGUCUGGGCCAGACAAUCGCUACACUGGAGGCAAUGGUAACGAGCUGCAUGCUGCUGCAAAAUUUUGAUAUGGAGCUCGUACCGGGUCGCCCAGUCCCCGAACCCAAGCCUUCAGCAGCGCUUCCAAUGAAGCAUGGAUUGCUGAUAUACGCCAAGAGGAGGCGAGGACAUGUGGUCUCGGUGGCUGCUUGA